GUAAAACUGGCGAGAAAACCUGAUACAACAACACCCGAUCCACAAGUUUCUGGAUCCGAUAUCUCCGGAAUACUCGAAAUUGAGAAAAAAAAAAAAAAACAAAUAACCAAAUUACCUAAACCCUUAGGUACAAAACCUAAACCCGAACCAACGACGCGAGUCGUCGCUUCUUUCCCUCCUCGUCGAACGCCCGAAAAAACGGUGAGGAAUUACAAAGUAUGUUCCCGGCGCAUCGCGCCGACUACAAAGUAGCGCUACAAUGUAGCGAAAAAGAGCGACAAACAAAAACAACAAAAACAACAAAAAAAACAACAAACUCCUCACACUCCGUUGUCGCUCGCAGCGACGAAUGUAACCGACCGCACGACGUUGCUCAUUGCUCACAUUGCUCAGCAGUGUUCCGAACCGUCGUCGUCGGAUCGAACGACGCAACGAAACGGAGUAGUCGCUCGUACGCUCGGUCAGCUACAUUUGAAAAUAGCAAUGGUUGCGAUAAAAUAUCAGCUGCCAUACGUGGUUAGCGAGCUCAACCAACGUUACCCGGUGGUGGUGGCUCGGUGUACCCGCGUAUAGUCCGUUCAGGUGUGGCUCGGGCGAUUCGCUUCGCCGUGGCGAAUUUUCCCUAGCGUGUGUAUCGCUUCGUCGGGAGGACCUCGGGGAGUCCACCCCGCCCGCCCCCCACGGUCGUUGGAAACUCGCAGAGCAGCCAGCGUCCGGCUUUUCGUCGGUAAAAAUGACGACAGCUCUCCGCUCCGCGGUGUCACGGAGCCGGUUCGAGUUGCUCGGGGUACGAAAAGCUCUGGGCACACCUCUGCUAUCAAGGAAGAGACACCGACACUACCUACUCCUCGUCUCGACACAUUCGCGGCGGCGGCGGCUCGCGAGGACCGCCGAGGGACGGCGGAGUGGCGGAGGAGGGAAUCUCGUCCGCGCGCAGGCUUUAUAGAAAAUAGGAGGGUAACAGGAGGCAGUGUAGGUUCGAAGACCGAACGACCGAGUGCUCGCCCACUGCGGCGAAGUGAAGAGAAGCGAAGUGAAGUGAAGUGAGGUGAGUGUAAGUCCGUGCGAGGUGGCGGGAGGACCGCUCGAACAUGCGGAGCGUUGCUCGAGUGGCUUUGGCAGCCUCCUAGAAAAAACCAGCGCUACGAAAUUUUUUUUCUGUCUCCCUCGAAACCCCGCGCGUCUCUCGGUCGGGCUCGGAAAACAUUAAUUGGAACGAAUCGGCCCCUCCUCCGGUCGGCCCACCCUUAUCGACCGUAACGUGUGUCUCGUUUCGGCCGAUUCCGAGGACUUUUGGCGAUAUCCAACGGCCUUCGGGGGAGCGUUGUUGUUUUUUGUUUUUUUUCUUCGGAUUCUCGGCGAAACGUCGUCGCUCGGAGCGGAAACCGGAGGCUAGCGGAGGCGAUCGUCCGGAUAUCGGACGCCGAAAAAUUUCGAGAUGUCCAACGAUCGGGAUAGUCGGGACAGUUGUAACGCGAAAAUGGGGAAUCUAAGGACAACGGGAACGGCGAGGACCGCGGACAAAGAAUCCCUUCGCUCUCGUUCGCUAAGAGUCCUCCGAUCAAUCCUGAUUCGCUGAUGAAAAAAAUUCUGACAAAUAAUAAUAACAACAAUCGUUGCGCACGUUUCACACACACGCACACAAAAACGUCGCAUGCGUGUGGAGUAAACAAGGAUUUAUAAAUACGACGCGGGGAUAAUCCCCUGAUCCGAAUAAUAAUCGAGCUGAACGAAUAUAUAACGCAGCGGUCUCAGAACCCGAAUUUUAGAUAAUAAUUCACACCGCGAUGUCGUCAUCGGGUAAAUCCUUGCACAGCUUCGACCGGGCGUCGAAUCGUCCCGGUCCGGUUGCCCCGUCCGCCUCGUCCUCGAGGCGAUGCGGCGCCACCUCCAGGAUCGCCAAGCCCUCGUCCUCCUCCGGUAGCUCGUGGUCCAGCAGCGGCGAGAUGCGCUCUAGAAACCACCCCGUCUUGGCGCCCAGCAGCCUGGGCCUCUUCGCCUCGGUCUCCUCGCCGGCGGGUCUCACGGUCCCGCCGCAGGACUCCAAGGCGAGGAUCAACGCCGCCGCCGCGAACAAAACGAACAGCAAUUCGUCCGUCCCGACCGAGAACUCGUCGUACUCCUCGGUACCGCCGAACGCCGAGGACACCGGGGCCCUACGUUUCCACUCGACGACGACGACGACGACGACGAACAGGAGCGGGACGACGAGCGGCUCCUCGACGACGCUACCGCCGAGCCGCGGCGAGAGCAACGAGACCGUCGGCAACGACGUCUCCGCGGUCUCGAUGCCCCUCACGUCUUCCCGGAGGCGGCAGCAACAGCAGCAGCAGCAGCAGCAGCAGACGACGACGACGACGCCGCUCCUCUACCUUUCGCCGCCCACCUCGCUAUCGACCCUCGAAGGCGCGACCUCCUCGUCGAACAACAACUCCAGGAACGCGGCGGCGAUCGGAGGCAAGGUCAACGCGGCGGCGAUCGGCAAUCCUACGAGCCGAACGACCCCGACGACCGGGAGGAGCGCCACCGGCAGGAAGCCGAGCCUGUCCAGUUCCGGGAGUCCCGGGAGUCCCGGUAGCCCCGGGAGUCCCACGGUCGCCGAAGGACCCUCGACUUCGUCGUGGAACAACUCGAGCGCCGCCGAUCAGGAAUCCGAAUACGUCGUGGACCCCGUCCACGGGAACACCUACUACAAGGGACAGUUUCUCGGCAAGGGCGGAUUCGGCAGGGUGUAUCUACUCACGGAUGCGGCCAGCGGUAAUCAAUACGCGUGUAAAAUAAUACCGAAAAAUCGUAUGCAGAAGAUACAUCUGCAGAAGAUCGCGCGUGAGAUAAUGAUACACAAGAAACUGACCCACGUGAACGUCGUCCAGAUGUACCAUUACUUUGAGGACAAUUUGCACGCCUACAUGCUCCUCGAAGCCUGUCCAAGGAAGAGCUUGAUGCACGUCCUCAAGUACCGGGGCAAAGUCACCGAGCCCGAGGCUAGGUACUACAUGAAACAAAUGGUCGAGGGGGUGACCUACAUUCAUUCGCAGAGGGUCGUGCACCGGGAUCUAAAGCCCGGCAACAUGUUCCUCUCGGAGCAGAUGAUCGUGAAAAUCGGCGAUUUCGGACUCGCCACGAGCCCCGACGGCCAGAGAAGAAGAGUGACGAUAUGCGGCACGCCGAAUUACAUCGCCCCGGAGGUGCUUUACAAACAGGCGUACAGCUACGAGGCGGACGUCUGGGCGCUCGGCUGCAUCCUGUACGCUCUCCUGGUCGGCCAGCCUCCGUUCGAGUCCUCGCAGCUGAAGGAGACCUACGCGAGGAUCUGCAACAACCAGUACAAGGAGGUGGACGACAAGGUGGCCACGCAGAACGGUCAGGACCUCAUCCACUGGCUGCUCCAGCCCACGCCGAAGCUCAGGCCGACCUUGGACAGGGUCAGGGAGCACGCUUACCUCACCAAGGAGUACGUUCCCCUUUCUCUGCCGCACACCUGCUGCUACCAAAUGCCGCCGCCGCACGUGAUAAUCCCCCAAAACGCGGCCUCCCAAAUAACGCAGCAGGUCGAGGGUCUGACGCACUCGGUUUCCGCCAUGACCAUAUCCCAGAACAAGAUUCGCACGUCGGCAACGAAAACCGCCAAGAUAAAUUGGCUGGUGAAAAAAUUGCCGAAACUACCGCGAUUCCGUCAAAGAUUGAGCACCAUACUAUGUCCGAGCAACAAAAAAUCCGACGUGGUGACGCGCAGCAACGAAAUGCACAAGGCGAUGGAGAAUUGCGUUACGGAAAUCGCCUGUGCCUGCGCGUCGAAAAAUCCUCAACCCGUUGAAGACGCGAUGCCGCUCUUCGUCACCAAAUGGAUCGACUACUCCAACAAAUACGGCCUCGGAUUUCAACUGUCGGACAAAUCCGUCGGCGUACUGUUCAACGACAGCACGAAAAUGAGCUACACUCACGACAGAAGAAGGGUCGAAUACAUGACGACGGACGACGAGAUAACACGUUACAACAGAGAGAAGGACGUUUCCGUGCCUUUGCAGAAGAAGCUCGCGCUUCUCCACUACUUCACCCGUUACAUGGACGACUAUCUUACCGAAGGGGGUGAAAUCCGGGAGGUGAGGGACACGAGGCAGACGAGAGGAGCUUCCGUUCCCCGAAUGAAGCGUUGGCUCCGUACGGACAAAGCGAUCGCUAUGGAGUUGACGAUACCGCUGCUCCAGGUGAAUUUCUUCCGCGAUCACACGAAGAUGGUGGUCUCGCAGGAGCCCCAGGGUACGAGAUUCCUGGUGACGUACAUCGACGCGAGCAGACAGGCGAUAUCGUACUGGUUGAAGGAUAUAUGCGAAUUCGGUUGCACCGCCGAUCUCUACGAACGUCUUCAUUACGUUUGCAAAGUUUCGAGGGAAUUCGCCGAGACGGAUCAGAGCGUGACGAUAACAUGAGAAUUAAUUUUCAAAGGUUCGCGAUUCGCUGAACCGAAUGUAAUUAGCCUUUAAUUUCGAGCAUCUCGUUUCCUUUUUUUCUUUCUUUUUUUUUGUUUUUUUCUUUUUCCGAAAUACAAUCGACUGUCUUCGUUGUUGUUAUUUUUUUCCAUGUGAUAAUCAUCAUCGGCAUAUUAUUCGGAGUAAUGGCAUAAUUAAUUAUUUUUUUUUUCCUUCUCUUUCUUUCUAUUUCUUUUUACAGAGUUCAUUUCGCACCGCUCUGUUAAAAUAUUUAUAAAACUCCCAACGUUCCUCGAUUAUAUUGUCAUUGUCACGCUACCGUUUUAUUUCGUCGAAAAGUGGGACUGAAAAAUUUAUACAUUAACCAUCGGUAAUCGAAUUUCAUCGCCGAUCGUGUUGAGUUACGUUAUUCGAAGUUGGAACGAGUUAAAUAUUAAAAAAAAAAAAAAAAAAACGAACAAAAAGAACAAUACCAAAAACUAAUGUAAAUUAAACGAGACUAAAGAUGCCAACAACACCUUAACCAUAACGAAGAAAUUAAAAAAAAUAAAAAAAAUAAAUAAAUAAUCGAAUAAAACAAUCCCUGUAAACUUUUUAGUAAUGAAAAAAAAAAAAAAAACAAUAAAAAUUGUAUAAUUAGUUUAGAAGAAAUGAAACAAACAAAUAUAUCUAUAUAUAUUAUAUAUAAUAGGAAUUUUGUGAGUGCGUGCACUGUCACUGCCAUCACGUCGCGGUAAAGCAUAUUUAUCUCACGCAAAUUAUGCUGCUGCUGUUCAGGCUGUUACUUACAUUUAUUGUGAAAAAAAAAAAAAAUAUAUCGUAUCACCGAUUAUUAAUUAUUAUUAUAUAAAACGAAUAUUGUUAUCAUUAUUAAUUAAUAUUAUUAUUUACUUAUUUUCGUAUCGUCGAUAGAUCCUCAGUGGCUUGCAGGUUGAAUCCACUGUUGAUGCUAGUAUAACGUCGUUAAUGUCUAUUUCUUUUCCUUACACGAUUAUCAUAGUUAAUAUACAUUCAAGUGAUCUUUAUUCUACUGAAGAGAAGAAGAAAAAAAAAAAAAACAAUAAGAAAUGCUUUUGAUUCACCGCAGCGAUCGACUAGCUGUGAAUCUCUCGAUAUAAAAUAUUAUAUUAGUUGUAUUAUUAUGACAUACGUUUAGAUAUUGAGAGAAAAAUGAUGAUUGGUAAAAAAGAGAAUUAGAUCGUUUGUUUUUUCUUUCUAUCCUGAUAUAUCGAUAUCGAAACAAUCAAUUAUUAGUGAAAAGCCCAACGAUUUAUAUGAUAUAAAUUAUUGAAUAUAGGUACGCGGUUAUAUAGAAUAUAAUAAACAUGAUAUUAGAUAAAUCAGCUAUAUUGUUAUUAUUAAAAGAAUAAUUUUUUUUAUUAUAAUUUUCUAUCGAAUAAUUAUAUAUUAUUACUACAUAUACAUAGAUAUAUAUAUAUAUAUCAACAGAUUGUUCAUUGACGAAUAGGUAAGAAAACGUGAAAUAAAGAGUAAGGUGGUGAUGAAAAAAAAUAACAGCUGAAAUAAUAGUUAAUAUUAAUAACAAUAAUUAUGUCGUAAGAGAAUAUUGUGAUUACAAGGGAGAAAAGAUUUCAAAAUGUUGUGUUUCAUUUGUGCGAAUAAUCGAAAUCCUCGUCACAAUGAUAAUGUCUAGUUAAGUAUAAUCGACAUUUAUUCACUACGCGUACGUUGGUUGUUAAAUUAUUUAAUCUUGGAUAAAAAAUUUCCGCGGAAAUUCAACGCGUUUUUAUCCAAACACCGAGGCCUUCGUUCGCAUAUUUAUUUCAUACAGCACGUGGUCUCGUUCGUUCGUCGAACAAAUAAAAUCGUCGUCUUAUUUCAGUUUUCGCAAAUAAAAGUGAACGCUAUUAGCGUUGAGAUUUAGCAAA